UGGUAUUGAAUUGAGUGUUAUUAACUGGGUAGAAUAUAGAGUGAAUAUUUUCUCAGCGCUACAAAGUGAUCAAACUGGUUUUAGUUUGGUCCCGCAGUGCUAUUGAAUCGACGCUGUAUUUUGUGUGAAGAUUCGUGGCGUUCAUUUUCUGACGCCGACAUUUUGAUCUGUACUUCGCGUCUCUUCCCGACAUAGUCCUAAGGCAAGGUUCAACAAAAAGUCGGUGAUAGGAACGUUUGAUCAUGACUCCUCGUGAUCUACGGGGACCCAUUUGCGUGGGAUUGCUGCUGUGUAUGAUCGCAUUAUGCUCAGGGUUAACGACAGUCGCCGCUCCCGCGACAAAUGCUACCACUCCCGCAACAAAUGCUACCACUCCCGCGACAAAUGCUACCACUCCCGCGACAAAUGCUACCACUGACAAUGCAACAGAGACAACAACUGCCACACAGCCUGAUAACACUACCACAGGUCAGACAACAGAGAAUGCUACUACGGUCAUGAUGAUGACCGAGGUCACAAAUGGCACCACGGCCGCGAUGAUGACCGAGGUCACUACGGUACCGACGCAGACGGCCCAAGGCCCAUCAACUGCCCAGACUACUUCGUCUACUGACCCUCCCGGCACUACCACCGCUCCUCCCGUAACCACCCCGGCGGAUGAAGAUGAGCCCAUCGUAAACGACAAUGAGCUGCUUAGAUCAAUCGGAGCUUUUAAGGAUGAUAGUCAUUCUGAGCCAGAGGGUUAUGACGGCUGGUACAACAACCUAGCUCAUCCAGACUGGGGUGGCGCAGAGUUACCUCUAACCAGGCGUCUCCCGGUGAGCUACGCAGAUGGUGUAUACGCCAUGGCAGGAAAGGACCGACCCAAUCCGAUGAGCAUCAGCAAAGCAACCAUGCAAGGAGAAACAGGACAACGAUCUCAUCUUAGGAGGACAGCUCUCAUGACAUUCUUCGGCCAACAGGUAGUAGAAGAGAUCUUAGAUGCCCAGCGAGGAGGGUGCCCCAGGGAGUAUGAGAACAUCAAAAUUCCCGAUGGUCAUGAGUAUUUAAAGGAGAAAGAAGGCAUCUCCAUCAUGCCUUUCGUCCGAUCCAGAUAUAGUUUCAACACGGGCUACUCACCCAAUGUACCACGUGAACAGCUGAACGAGAUCACACCGUGGUUCGAUGGCGGGUUGGUGUACGGUACGACCAAGGCCUGGGCUGACGCCCUGCGAUCUUUCAAAGAUGGUAGACUUGCAGACAAUGGUGAGAUUGGUGGAGAACCACAGUUCCCCGAGCAGAACACCCUUGGACUACCUAUGGCUAAUCCACCUAACCCCAUCGCAGAAGGUGCUGCAAGGCUACAACGCUCCGAGCGUUUCUUCAAGCUAGGGAACCCCCGUGGAAAUGAGAAUCCAUUCCUGUUGACCUUCGGAGUACUGUGGUUCAGGUGGCACAACUACUGGGCAGAUAAAUUCAAAGCUGAAACAGACUGGGAAGAUGAAAGGAUCUUCAACGAGGCCAGAAAAUGGGUCAUUGCUACAUAUCAGAGUGUUGUCUUUUACGAGUGGCUUCCUGGAUAUCUUAACCUUAAUGAAAAUGAGACCGCAGAGGUGGAAUAUUCAGGUUACAAGGGAUACAUUCAUCCGGGUAUUACUCACGAGUUCCAAUCGGCCGCGAUGAGAUUCGGCCACACACUCGUCCCUCCUGGUGUUAUGCGCAGGAAUGAACAAUGCGUCUUCCGGACCUCGACCAUGAAAUCCUCAGGCUUCACAGAAGAUCAAGCCGAGUUCGAUUCAUCGCUAGGGAACCACGGGGUUCGAACCUGUAACUCCUUCUGGAACCCACAGCACUCUGUCCGAGAGCAUGACAUCGAAGAAUUCCUUCUCGGAAUGGCCUCCCAAGUCACCGAGAGAGAAGAUAACAUCAUUACUGAGGAUCUACAAAGGCGUGUAUUUGGACCGUUGGAGUUUUCUCGUCGUGAUCUGAUGGCGCUUAACAUCCAGCGUGGUCGUGACCAUGGGUUACCUGAUUACAACACAGCUCGUGUCUCACUCGGAAUGGACCGAAGAGAAACCUUCGAAUCAAUCAAUAACGCAUCAGCCCAUGCAGAUGGUGUUGAAACAUUCAUCAAAUCGGAUGUUUUGGAUAAUCUGGCCAGAGUGUAUGAGAAUGACAUUGAUAAGGUAGACAUCUGGGCUGGAGGUCUAUUGGAGACCACUAGCAAUGGACCAGGAGAACUCUUCAGGUUCAUCAUUCUUGAUCAGUUUGUGAGGUCAAGAGAUGCUGAUCGGUUCUGGUUCGAAAAUAACGUCUCUGGCCAAUUCACUAAUGAUCAGAUUGAUUUCAUCAAGAAAGUUAAAUUGUGGGAUAUCAUUGUAGCCUGUACUAACAUCAACGGAUCCAGUCUACAGAAAGACCCAUUUCAUUACACGCCAGAUGAUCCUUGCUAUGACCAGCAUCCAUUCGAGGGGGAGAACCGAACCAUCAGUGAAAAUGACAUGGAAAACUGUACCAAGCUCCAAACCUUUGACUACUUCGAAGGUAGUGAGGUGUCAUACGCUCUGUCCUUCCUCGCCCUCGGUAUCUGGGUUGUAGGUGUUGUGGCUGUUCUGCUCAUCUUGGCUCACAUCAGGCAGCAUAGUAUCCAGGAAGCUCGCAAGCUACAACACAGGAAAACUAGGUCACGUGAUCCAAGUAGCCUCAAGACCUAUGCAGCUGCUGAAUGGUGCGGUAAGAAAGAAGGAUCGAGACAAGUCCAAGUCAAACUUGGACCAGGAAAGAAGAUCCGAAUCACGAAUGAGCGUGGUAACAAAAUCUUAAGAACUGUUGACCUCACCCACUACACCAAGGUCGGUUUACUGGUAUCCCCUGACGGUAAGCGUCGUCACCUGGUCGUCAAGUUCGAUCGCGAAUACGACAUCGUGUUGAAGUUCUCUGACCCCGAUAGCCGUCUGGAGUUCAUCAGCGACUUCGAAUCCUUCCUUGGCAGUGAAGAGGUCGGUGUUGGACGUGAGAGGCAAGAGAUCGGAGAGAAGGAACUUCUCAAGGUUGCCGUCACCAAGGAACAUCGCACCAAACUUCUUGAGAAAUUCUUCCUGAUGGCCUUCUCCCAGGCCUUCAAGCUUGACUUUGACCCUGAGAACCUGGAGAGCCUGAACAACAAGGAGACCAAGGACAUCCUGGAAUGUGAGCUCACAAAGACAGAAUUCGCCGAUGUUCUUACCAUGAAACCCGACUCCCUCUUUGUCGAACAGAUGUUCGAGCUCGUCGACCAGGACAACAGCGGAUCAAUUUCAUUCAGAGAGUUCCUUGAUGUCAUUGUCGUCUUUGCAAAGGGACAACCUGAAGACAAACUGAAACUGAUGUUCAACAUGUAUGACAUCGACAGGUCUGGUCAUCUAUCCCGUGAAGAGUUCAGGCAGAUGUUGAAAUCUAUGAUGGAGAUGGUGAGUGCUAGCGUUGAGGAGACUGAUCUUGACAAGCUGAUCCACGAUAUGUUCCAGAAUGCUGGCCUUGGAGACAAAGAAGCACUUUCCCUGGACGACUUCAUCGCAGUCAUGGCUGAACAUAAGGAUGAGCUAAACAAUGCUAAACUCGACAUCGCUGGGAACAUUCCGCAGAUAGCAGGUCAGAAGGAUGCUGGACCCCCUGGUCGUGGGGCUGCCACCGUCAUCAGGAGAGGCAACCUUAACUCCCGUGCCCGACAGACUAUUAUCCGAGCUUACAAGGACCGUGACCAGGCAAGUACCAAGGCUAACGGAGCAGCUAAGGGUGCUGGUGGUAGUGGUGGAGGGGUGAGGAAGCGUGCCCAGUCUAAGAGUGUCCGCGUUGAGACAGUCCAACAAGAAGAGGCUAAGACUCAGAGCAGCAAGGCUUACAACACAGUUGUCCGCUUCUUCGAGAACAACCGACUUCAAAUCUUCUACGUUGUUCUCUACUUGCUUGUUCUAGCUGGAGUCUUCAUCGAGAGGGCUUAUUACUACUCUGUCGAGCGUGAGUUUGCUGGUCUUCGUCGUAUUGCUGGUUUUGGUGUGUCUGUGACUCGUGGAGCUGCCUCGGCCAUGAUGUUCACCUACUCGUCCCUCCUCGUCACCAUGUGCAGGAACACCAUCACCAAACUAAGGGAGACGUUCCUUCAUCGUUACGUCCCCUUCGACUCGGCUCUAAAUAUGCACAAGUUAAUCGCCAUGCUCGCUCUUUUCUUCUCAAUCAUGCACACCAUCGGCCAUUCCAUCAACUUCUACCACAUCUCAACCCAGACUGCUGAUGAUCUGACUUGCUACUUCCGUGAUUUCUUCCACCGUUCCCAUGAGCUUCCAAAGUUCCACUACUGGGCCUGGGGUACUAUCACAGGUUUCACUGGUAUCCUCUUGGUAAUGGUAUGCACCGUCAUUUACACCUUUGCCUUCCAGUAUGCCCGUCGCCGUGUCUUCAACCUGUUCUGGUUCACCCAUAACAUGUGGAUCAUCUACUUCAUCCUGAUGUUCCUGCACGGCUCUGGUCGUCUUGUUCAACCUCCGUUCACACAUUACUUCGCCCUGGGCCCCAUCGUCCUCUUCACCUUGGACAAGCUGGUCAGUAUCAGCAGGAAGAAGGCAGAGAUCGCUGUCACCCGCGCUGAACUCCUACCAUCAGAUGUGACCAUGCUUGAGUUCAAGCGCCCUCAGGGCUUCGAGUACAAGUCUGGACAGUGGGUCCGUAUCGCCUGCAAGACCCUGUCAUCCAGUGAAUACCAUCCCUUCACCCUGACAUCAGCUCCUCAUGAAGAGAACCUAUCCCUUCACAUCAGGGCUAUAGGACCAUGGACCAUGAAUCUCAGGGCUACCUAUGAUCCUAACGUCGUGCGCGAACAUCCUCUACCUAAGUUGUUCCUUGAUGGUCCAUACGGAGAGGGUCAUCAGGACUGGUACCAGUAUGAGGUGGCUGUGCUGGUAGGAGGGGGCAUUGGUGUUACCCCAUUUGCCUCCAUCCUCAAGGACAUCGUGAACAAAUCGACCAUCGGUGCCCGCGUUACGUGCAAGAAGGUCUACUUCAUCUGGGUGACCCGUACCCAGAAGCAUUACGAAUGGCUCACCGACAUCAUUCGAGAUGUAGAGGACAAUGACACAAAUGAUCUCGUCAGCGUUCAUAUCUUCGUCACUCAGUUCUUCCAGAAGUUCGACCUCCGAACUACUAUGCUGUACAUCUGCGAGCGUCAUUUCCAGAAGAUCUCCAACCGAUCUCUGUUCACUGGUCUCAAGUCCAUCACUCAUUUCGGACGUCCUCAGUUCACUUCUUUCCUUCAGUCACUAGAGGAUGAACAUCCUGGUGUGGGAAAGAUUGGAGUGUUUAGCUGUGGUCCACCAGGUAUGACUGGUGGAGUGGAGCAGGCAUGUGUAGACCUUAACAAGUUCGAUGGAGCAGCCUUCAUCCAUCACUACGAGAACUUCUAAGGAUUGUAUCCUAGAACCAGCACCUCAAAUGACGCGACAGCGGGAACAUUCGCACAGAGGCUUAAUACCUUGCGUGGCUUGAAGAACCGGGGCAACUACAUAUUUAUUGCAAGGGUAGGCUAUGCCCGUGAAUGCAUUGAUCUUUACCAUGUGUCACGCAUAGUAAUUAAUCGCUAUUUUUCAUUUCAAAUUUACUUUAUCACGUAGUACAAAAUAGAUACAAACACAUUUAUUGAAUAUUAUAAUAUUUUAUACGUUCACUAAUGACUGUAACAUAUUAAUUUUAAGAACUUUAUGAGUAGGACGGGAGUCUAUACAUUAGGACACCAUAAUUACCGGAGGGUUUUUUCUCAUAUUUUUUCUCACACUUUUUGUAUGUAUUUGGAUGGCCAAUGACAUGAAAGAAUUCAUUGUUUAAAUCAAGAGAGCUUGUAUAUGAGAUCUGAGAUAACGUAUUUUUGUAUAACACUCUGAAACUUGUUCUAUAUAAUUGACUGAAUUUAAAAGUACUACAUGUAUAGCAAUCUACUUUUGUACAAGUAUUUCACUUGAUAUUUUGUUACGUUGUGCAUUGUCCAUAAACGUUGGUACUUAUAAAUGAGGGGUGUGUUGUGGCACCGUUGAGACUUUAGUGUAGAUAUCAAAGUAGACGUAGCUUGUGGAUUAAAACAGACAAAAUAUAGCAAAAGAAUAUUACCAGGGGGUGUUUCACAAAGAUCCUGUGUUGGACUUAACAAUUAUGGAAAGCCGUUAGAAUCUUUUGAAAAAGUUAUUUUAAAAGGCAUAAAAUGUUGAUUCAAAUCAUUCAUAUUUUCUAUUACAGUAUCAACAAGAUUUCAUGUUCUUAAUGUUGAAUUUAUGAAGAGUCUCAAAUACUUGAAUUUUUGCUUUUGAAUAUAUUUUAUCUUAUCGCUACAAAUGGCUCUCCAUAAUUUUUAAGUCCAACUUAGAGUUAAGUUCGACCUAGGAUCUUUGUGAAACCUCCCCCUGAUAUACUAUCAGAAUUUUACCGCAUUUUGAGAAUGAUGUUAUUAGGUGGAGCAUUCGUUUUCGUCGUUCUGUGUUCGUUUGUUGACACUAGAGACAUGAAUUGAUACCUUUGAUGCAGAACGAAUGUAGGCGAUAGCAAAGUGUAUAUCUGGUAUAUCAGUGUUGUUGCUAAAUCCGACUUCGUUGUUGAAUAUUGUAACAGACUAAGAUUGAGUGUAUGUUUGAAGAAUGAAGUUAGCAAAGAAUAUACGGAUAGGCAUAUUCAUGUUUUGGGUGAUCGUGAAUGAAAAUCUGAAUUUACCUAUUAAUAGUUGAAAAAAUGUAGUGAUAGCAUUCAUUUUUAAAGAAACUAUUGUUAAAAUGUGUUCUUGUAUGUCCUUUUUGUAUGUUUCUGUGCAUGGUGUGUAUUGUUGUGUGAAUUUGUAGCGAGAUUAUUAUCAGGCCUACACGUGUAUGGCUACCCGACAAGGUGUAUUAAAACAAAGAAAGCAUUUAAACUAAAAAACAGCUUAUAUUGCUUGUUGUAUAUUGGGAGGGUACACAAAAAUAUCAUGUUCAAGAAAUCACUGGAAUAACUCCUUAUUGGUACGCAGAAUUAAAUGUGAUCGGUUGUACAGUAUUUCGGUUUUUAAACCGUUUUUUUACAACUAAACAACUCUCGGUAAUAAAUUAAUAUUAAUACAUUUAGCUUUUUCGAUACAUAACCUAUGUGCAAUUUUUAGCUGCAAAGAAACGUUUUGUUAAUAGAGACCACUUUUUAAGUCAUGCAUGAUUAUAUAAAUCUCGUCUUUCAGGUUGAAUCAUAACAAUGAAUAGUUGAUAUCGACAAUGAAAACACAUAUCAAUUUUUGAGUGAUAGAAAUGAUUGUGCAUUUUGUUUAGAAGUAAAAAGAUAUGUAUAUAUUCAUAUGACAUUUCAUUUAAUAGAGUUAAUAAAUAGAAUUGCAUUUUUAGCUUUCAGAAGCAUUAAUGUUUGUGGUGUAUGUCAACACAGAAAUAAACGACUAACAAAUAAAAGUUACGCCUAUUUGAAAUAAGCUAUGAAUAUAUGUAUAACCAGAUUUGUUUAUAUUUUGUUUGUCUUCCCAAUACGGUCUAGUGAAAACGUAUAGUUCAAACUCUAUGCAUAAAAAUGUACAUACAUAUGUGGAGAACGAUAAGUUCGCUUUUUUGUUUUGUUUAUUUUUGUAUUUUUGGAUGGAUAAAUAAAAGGAUUUUUUGUAGACGAUA